GAGUGGCAUGCCCAGCGGACAUGCGCAGACCAGUAGCCUUCUGGGAACCAUCCUGACAUGCUACAUCCUUGACCUCAGAGCAGCGCGAGAGCCCGAGACCGUUUCGAUGGUUGCCGUGAGCGUUCAUGCAGCGAUGUCGGCGCACACAGUCUGCGCCAUUGCAUAUGUGUGGAUCUUGGCUGCUGCGGUUAUGCUUUCCCGGACCCGCUUGGGGGGGCCGCUGCGGGUCAGCGUCGGCGGACGGAGCAUUGCACA